CUAUCACUUCGGCCGUGGUCCUCCGUCAGUCUGGGAGGCCGAGAAAAACGUCAGCCUCGUGAUGGUGAACAGCCACUGGAGUCAGAGCUACCCGCUGCCCCUUCUUCCCGCGGUCAUACAACUCGGAAACAUCCACAUCCAGGAGAAGCCGAAACAACUUCCUCAGGAGUUCCUGGACGGAGCUGCGAAGGGGGCAGUCUACUUCAGCCUGGGCAGCAAUGUGAGAAGCGAGACGAUGUCGCCAGAGAAGAGGCGGGUGUUCCUGUCUGCCUUUGCGGAUGUACCCCAACGCGUCCUGUGGAAGUGGGAGGCGAACGACACGUCGGAUGUGCCCGAUAACGUGAAGCUAGCGAAGUGGCUGCCUCAACAAGACGUUCUGGCUCAUCCGAACGUGAGGCUGUUCAUAACACAGGGCGGCCUGCAGAGUUUCCAAGAAGCCACGUAUUACGCGGUGCCUCUGAUAGGAAUACCCUUCAUCGCCGACCAGCAACACAAUGUUCGCAAAAUGGUGGACGCUGGCGUCGGGCUGCAACUGGACUAUGCCACCCUUUCCAAGGAUGGGCUGGUGACAGCCACCAGGAAGGUUCUCCAUGAUCCCACGUGAGUAAAUUCUUUCUGAAAUGUGUACCUGCACGACGGUUUCUGAUGGAACUGAAUCUGCGUUCGAUCUUUGCCACUUCGCUACGACUCCUUACCUCAAGUCACACUUCCGUGAUUAUUUUCU